UAACGUAAGCGAAGCCAGGUGCUUAGCGUAGCUAGGGAAGCUGGUAGCGGUCCGUGUGGUGCCUGUUGUAAUGUAAACAUAAAACUCGUGCUCUCACUCGCCCUAGGCAAUCGCAAUGAUUUGUCCACUUCGUGGAUAGCGUAUGUUUCUAGGUGAAGGGCCGCACUCCUCCAUGCUGAGUGGUUGUGAAAGUAGUUAGCCCUUCCCAUGUUUUUCCAGCACUCGGCUGAAAAUUGUGGGCCAAGCUGAGGAAACCGCACUCCGCUGGCGAUGUCCACCGCGGCUGCAGCUGGCGCGGCCGCGGCGCCUGGCCAGAAUAACCAGCAAGGAUCUUCCGGUGGCGAGCCCAACCGCCAGAACAACUUGCAGAGGAUCGCGCAGAAAAAGGCGCAGGUCAAGAGUUGGCCGCUUAAUAAAAAGCUUGAGAAGCUUGCUAUCUAUUCGUCGUGCAAGGCUGAUGACUGCAAGUGCAACGGUUGGAAGAAUCCCAACCCUCCACAGACACCACAGCGCCCAGAAGGACCACAGCCCCUGGCUAAUCUAAAUGACCCAUGUCGUAGCUGCAGUCACAUAUUGGGGGCACAUGUAUCUCACCUUGAAAAUGCUCCCGACGAAGAGCUCAACAGGCUUCUUGGGAUAGUCGUUGAUGUUGAAAACAUGUUCAUGUGUGUUCAUAGAGAGGAGGAUGCAGACACAAAACAAGUAUACUACUAUUUAUUCAAGCUUUUGCGAAAAAGCAUCCUUCUAAUGACACGGCCCACUGUAGAAGGCCCCUUGGGAACCCCACCUUUUGAGAAACCGAGCAUCGCUAAGGCAGUGAUUAACUUCGUGAUGUACAAGUUUGGCCACCUGUCCCAGAAAGAGUGGCAGACCAUGUACGACCUCGCCAAGAUGUUUCUGCACUGCCUCAACCACUGGAAACUGGAGACACCAUCAGCUAGGAAGCAGCAGCGGCAGCACUCGUCGAAUGAAGAUGCGGCUGCAUACAAGAUAAAUUAUACCAGGUGGUUGUGCUUCUGCCACGUGCCGGCAUUCUGCGAUAGCUUGCCCCAUUCAGAGACAACCAUCAUCUUCGGUCGUACGCUACUGCGCUCUGUGUUCCAGACAAUGCGGCGUCAAUUGCUGGACAAGUUUCGAGCCGAAAAGGACAAAAUGCCGCCAGAGAAGAGGACUCUUGUGCUCACUCAUUUCCCACGGUUUCUGUCAGUGCUUGAGGAAGAAGUUUAUGGAAACAAUUCCCCCAUAUGGGAUCCUGACUUCAAGCAAACCCCUCUGAACUCUUCUACUAACACGUCCGUUGAUAGGGCCAUAACAAGCAAUGGAACCACUCAUGCCAGAACUGUUGAGAAGCUGUCAGCUGCAAAUUCACCCAGCUCGGCUACGGAAAAUGGCACCGCCUUCAGCAUGAGCCCUGGUGCGCAUGCUGCCAACCGUUCAUCAAAGUCCAUCAGCACUUCUGAUUCUUCAGGGUGAGAUGUCUGUGAAAAGCGGCUGAAUGAGGAAAACCGUGUUCCAGAGCCUAAAAGACGCAAGAUUGAAGGAGACAUUCCAGAAGAGGUGCUGACCCAAUUGAUUGCUACUAUCACUGAUCCAAAAGAAAUGGUUGGGCCAGAGAACAAUGCAUUCUCAGAGCUAGCGGCGCGGGAUGAAGCAGCGCGGGCUGAGGAGCGGCGCGGGGUGAUAGAGUUCCACCUGGUGGCCAACUCGUUAAGCCGACGGGUGGACCAGCAGUCCCUGGUAUGGCUGGUGGGGCUGCAAAAUGUCUUCUCUCACCAGCUGCCAAGGAUGCCCAAGGAGUACAUCACCAGGCUCGUCUUUGACCCGAAGCAUCGCACGCUUGCCUUGGUGAAGGAAGGCAGAGUCAUUGGAGGUAUUUGUUUUCGGAUGUUUCCGGGGCAAGGCUUCACAGAAAUCGUCUUCUGUGCUGUCACUUCCAACGAACAAGUCAAGGGUUAUGGAACGCAUUUGAUGAACCACCUCAAGGAUUACCACGUCAAGCAGAACAUCCUCCACUUCUUGACGUUUGCAGAUGAAUUUGCAAUCGGCUAUUUCAAGAAGCAGGGUUUCUCCAAAGACAUCAAGCUGCCCAAAUCUGUGUACACGGGGUACAUCAAGGACUACGAGGGGGCCACACUUAUGGGUUGCGAGUUGGAUGAGCGCAUAUCCUACACAGCCUUCAGCCACGUUAUUCGCAAGCAGAAGGAGAUAGUGAAGAAGUUCAUCGAGAAGCAGCAGGAACACAUGCAGAAAGUGUACCCUGGUGUGCCCUGCUUCAAGGAGGGCGUCAGGGAGAUCCCUCUCGAGAGUAUUCCAGGCCUCCGAGAAGCAGGCUGGAAACCGGACAAGAAAUAUGUCAAGCAAGAGCAGAUGGAUCCCGAUCAGGCAUAUCAAGCGAUGAAGUCUGUGUUGAUACAAGUUAAGAAUCACAGUAGUGCAUGGCCCUUUCUGAAGCCAGUGGAAAAAUCCGAGGCACCUGACUACUAUGAUCACAUCAAGUAUCCGAUGGACUUAAAGACUAUGGCAGAAAGACUGAAAAACCACUACUACGUGCACAAGCGGCUGUUUAUCGCGGACAUGCAGCGGAUUUUCAGCAACUGUCGUGCCUACAAUAGCCCCGACACAGAGUACUUCAAGUGCGCCAACAUUUUGGACCGCUUCUUCCAAAUCAAAAUGAAGGAGGCGGGUCUUUGGGACAAGUGACAGCACGGCACGCUGCUUGAUCGACACAAUGAGCUUUAGUUGAGUGCAGUGUCCGAAGCAGGGCUUUACUCGCACUCGUUAGUAACUGACAGGGUAUGGAAGCAUAGCCUUGUGCAAGCUGUGUAUAACUACAAAAUGUUUUAUAUUGCUUCCUUUUGGUUAAUUUCAAUGUGUUGGUAAGAUUUUGUAGCCCUAUGUGGCAAAGGUUGAGGGCAACUCAUGUUAAGAAACCUGCUAUCGCAGAUUCAUUGCUUGCUUAUUGGUCUCCACCGCUUGACUUUUUGUUUGAUUAGAUCCUACUACAACCUGCAAGUCAUAUCUGCAAUCCAUUAGCGUGUUCGACCUUCAGGCGCUGUGUGCCCAUGUAUUUUAACACUGCUGUGCUUUGUGUACAUCUUUGCAUAGUAAUUUUAUUUUCCAUUAGAUGUAUAUGCUGCUGUUCAUAUUGCCGAUCGCAUUCGUGGCUGAUGGCAUGAAGUUUGUUAACCGGAGUAUCAUAAUCCAGUGAACAUCUUUGUGUCGUGAUGAUACAUUAGUGUAAUUAUUAUUGAAUACACUAUUUCUGCAUUAAGGUUUGCUUGUAUAAUGAUUGCCUUGAUUGCCUUUUUUUGUAUAUUAUCUGUUCACCAUCUCACUUCAUUUGUAUCUUUUUUUUCAUUGUAUAAAACAUGUUUGAGUAUACCUUUUUUUCUUGUCUUCAUACAGAUAUGUAGCUAUUCUUAUACAUUUGUGCAUUAGUUAGUCUGUCUAUGCAUUUCUUUUAUACUGUGCCCGUAUUCCUCAUGUCACUGAGAGAAAAAAAAAACACAUCUUAUUUCCUUGAUCUUUCCUGAUUUUAUGAAAUUUCCUGAGCUCUCUUGACUCUCACUAUUUAAUUUGCUCUCUCGUGAAGUUACAGCACGUGAAAGUGGUUAUUCCUUUGGCUAAUAAAUGUCCACUAAGUUGAAUAA